AUGGGUCACUUUACGCAGGAUAGUUCAUGUUCAGGCUUCGAUUCUUACGAAACUAAAGAGAUAGAGAACAUCUGUUUGAGCAAUUUUUACGACUACAAGGCACUAUUCGACCUAAAAGAAUGUUUCACCGGGGACGAGUUGAUCCUAACUGAUCAGAUAAUAAUCAAUAAAAUAACGAAACACAAUGCAGAUACCAAGGCAGAGGUUCUACCAUCUUUGUCAUCGGUUAUGUCAUCAGUAACACAUAAAGAUUAUAACACUGAAGCUUUGGCUGAUGCAAGUUGUGAAGAUUACAAGAAGAAUCAAAUGAUUUGCGCAAAGGCAAAGGAAGAGAUCAACAGUAAUGUGGAAAUCUUCCCAAAGGCUUUUACUCAACUUGAUUGUGGCCCAUCGCAGUUGAUUUUGACAGAUGUCCAUGAUAUGUCACUAUGGGACGAUCAAACACCUGCAUCUCGUGCAUAUGAUCCGCAAGCACGAUUAGAAGCAUUGAAGAGAUAUUUCGGAAAGAAGGAGAAACGCAAUAUAGAUAUAACUCCAAGGAAGAUGCUAGGUUUGGGAAGCAAAUUAGAUAUGAAUCUCGAAAAUCUACAGCUGAUACGAAGAGACGAUUGA